AACGCAGCGGGGCGGAAUCUGCGCAAUGAUCCUCCAUCCGAAGCGCUUCGUGGCUCCAUCAGGAGCUGCUUCCUGCCGGGCUGGGCGCAGUCCGUCCCCUGCUCAGGUUUCAGAAACAGUCAGAUAAAUACGUGCGGGAGCUUUUACGCACGGUGCGUCUCCAUCAUGACGUCGCCAUGAGCUCCAGAUUGUAGAGAGGAGGAGGGGAGUGCUGAAUCGCUGCUCGUCGUUUCUGUGGAUGCGUUUGUGUAUCUGUAUUUGUGUGUGAGCGUGUGUGUGUGUGAGUGUGUGUGGAUUCCCCCCCCCCCCCCUUCUUGUCAUCUCUUUGCAAUACUUGGAAAUAACCCGGACCAGCGCUGUUUACGCGCGGAGCUGCUCGCUCAUUUACUGCAAAGCCAUAAUAACAGAGCCAUGCAGAGCGCGAGGAGGAUGCACCUUUCUGCCCACUAUUCCGACUCACUGGGAGGACUGGCCUGGACUGGGAGCCAUCGAACCGACAAUCCAGAAAUGGCGCCGAUAUUGUUUCUGAUUAUCCUCUGCGCUCUCCCAGCGCUCGUUGUGCCCAUGCAUAAUUCAUCAGCGGGAGGCUGUGCCAUCAUCCGGCCUCCGCGGGACGGAGGGAUCCGUUACCGAGGCCUGACGCAGGAGCAGAUCCGCAGCAUUCAGAUUCUGCCUGUGGAUUAUGAGAUCGAGUACAUCUGCAGAGAAAACCGGCAGAUCUCGGGGCCAAAGGUCAGGAAGUGUUUGCCCAACGGCAAGUGGACGGACAUGACGCAGCUCAGCGUAUGCUUGCUGCAGUGCCCCAAGGUUUGGACGUCCCUGGAGAACGGCAGGGUGACGGCGCGGCCCCCGGGGCCCCCGGCGGAGGGAACGGUCCUCCACUACAGCUGCAACUCCGGCUUCAUCCUGGAGGGCAGAAACAUCAGCCACUGCACCAAGCUGGGCAAAUGGGACGCCCCCAAACCCACCUGCCUCUAUGACAGAAACUACACAGGGAAGAAGAAGCUGUACAUCGGAGCUCUAUUCCCCAUGAGCGGCGGCUGGCCGGGCGGCCAGGCGUGCAUGCCGUCCGCUCAGAUGGCUCUGGACCUGGUGAACAACAGGAGCGACAUCCUGCCGGACUACGAGCUGGAGCUCAUCCACUACGACAGCAUGUGCGACCCGGGGGAGGCAACCAAGCUGCUGUACGACCUGCUCUACACCGAACCCAUCAAGAUCGUCCUGAUGCCCGGCUGCAGCGGCGUCUCCACGCUGGUGGCCGAAGCCGCCCGCAUGUGGAACCUCAUCGUGCUGUCCUACGGCUCCAGCUCUCCAGCGCUGUCCAACCGCCAGCGCUUCCCCACCUUCUUCCGCACCCACCCGUCUGCCACCCUCCAUAACCCCACCAGGGUGCGGCUCUUCAAGAAGUGGAACUGGUCACGCAUCGCCACCAUCCAGCAGACCACAGAAGUCUUCACCUCCACUCUGGAUGAUCUGGAGCAGAGGGUGAAGGAGGCAGGCAUCGAGAUCAGCGUUCGUCAGAGCUUCCUCACCGACCCGGCUGUCGCUGUCAAGAACCUCAAGCGCCAGGAUGCCAGGAUCAUUGUGGGGCUGUUUUAUGAAACCGAGGCCAGGAAGGUGUUCUGUGAGGUCGGUUUCAAGGAGAAGCUGUACGGGAAGAAGCACGUCUGGUUCCUGAUUGGCUGGUACGCCGACAACUGGUUCAAGAUCAAAGACCCGGCCAUCAACUGCACGGUGGAGAACAUGACGGAGGCCGUGGAGGGACACGUGACCACCGAGAUCGUCAUGCUGAACCCCGAGACCGUCCGCGGCGUCUCCAACAUGACUUCACAGGAGUUUCUGGGAGCCUUGAUGUCUCGUCUUGGGGGGAAGAACCCAGAGGAGACGGGCGGCUUCCAGGAGGCGCCGCUCGCCUUCGACGCGGUGUGGGCCCUGGCGCUGGCCCUCAACAAGACCGUGGCCCCCCUGAAGGCCAAGGGCCGGCGGCUGGAGGACUUCAACUACAACAACCACGACAUCACCUCGGAGAUCUACAGAGCCCUGAACACCAGCUCCUUCGAAGGGGUUUCGGGUCACGUGGUGUUUGACGCUCAGGGUUCCAGGAUGGCAAUGACCCUCAUCGAACAACUGCAAGGAGGAAGUUAUAAGAAGAUUGGUUACUAUGACAGCUCCCAGAUGAACCUGAGCUGGUUCAACAACGACGUCUGGAUCGGCGGGAAGCCUCCGGCGGACCGGACCGUGGUUCUGGAGGAGUACCGCCUCUUGUCUCAGAAGCUGUUUGCGGCGGUGUCCGUCUUCGCCGGCCUCGGCAUCCUGCUCGGCAUCGUCUGUCUGACCUUCAACAUCUACAACGGCAACGUGCGCUACAUCCAGAACUCGCAGCCCUACCUGAACAACAUGACGGCGGUUGGCUGCAUGAUGGCGCUGGCUGCAGUUUUCCCGCUGGGGAUUGAUCGGCAUCACGUCAACAGACCGCAGUUCCCCGUCGUCUGCCAGUUCCGCCUGUGGCUGCUCGGCCUCGGCUUCAGCCUCGCUUAUGGCAGCAUGUUCACCAAGAUCUGGUGGGUCCACACCCUGUUCACCAAGAAGGACGAGAAGAAGGAGAAGAAGAAGCAACCCUUGGAGCCGUGGAAACUCUACGCAACAGUUGGAGUGCUGCUGGCCAUCGACUUCCUGUCGCUCAUGAUCUGGCAGAUUGUGGAUCCUCUGCACAUCACGGUCGAGAAGUUCACCAGAGAGGCGCCUAAAGAAGACCUGGACGUCCUGAUCCAGCCUCUGCUGGAGCACUGCAGCUCUGAGAAGAUGAACACGUGGCUCGGUGUGGUUUAUGGCUACAAGGGUCUGCUGCUGCUCCUGGGUAUUUUUCUGGCUUAUGAGACGAAGUCUGUCUCCACGGAGAAGAUCAAUGACCAUCGAGCCGUGGGGAUGGCCAUCUACAACGUAGCCGUGCUCUGCCUGAUCACGGCGCCGGUGACGAUGAUCCUGUCUUCGCAGCAAGACGCCUCCUUCGCCUUCGCCUCGCUCGCCAUCGUCUUCUCUGCUUACAUCACUCUGGUGGUGCUCUUCGUCCCGAAGAUGCGGCGCCUCAUCACCCGCGGCGAGUGGCAGUCAGAGCAGCAGGACACGCUGAAGACCGGAUCGUCCACCAACAACAACGACGAGGAGAAGUCCAGGCAGCUGGAGCGGGAGAACCGGGAGCUGCAGAAGAUCAUCCAGGAGAAAGAAGAGAGGGUGUCCGCGCUUCGCAACCAGCUGGCCGAGCGUCAGGCAAUACGCAACCGCCGCCAACCCACCUCAGGCCAGAAUCAGAACCACAACGCCCCGCUGCCCGCGUCCCAGACCGAUCCCAAGUCGCUGCUUCCCCCUCCAGGAUACCCCAACCCCACCGUGGACAACCACUCCCUGCCGCCGUCCUUCUCCAACUCGUCCAGCCUCUACCCGGCCGACAGCAAGAUGAGCCGCAACCACUGUCACAACAGCCAGAUCCCGCUGCUCUACAAGUAGGCGGGGAGGGAGGGGAGACUGGGGAGACUGGGGGGAUCAGGGGAGACUGGGAGGAUCAGGGGAGACUGGGAGGAUCAGGGGAGACUGGGAGGAUCAGGGGGAUCAGGGGGAUCGGGGCUGGAGGGGUGGGUGGACACACGAAACACAAGCAGGACACGACUGCUGGGCAGGAGCCCACAGGUCAACACCCGUCCUCACCGUUCUGCAUCCAAACCCAGAAACAAAGCACACAUGGCGGCCGCAACAACGCCUCUGACCUCCAGAGGGCAGAGGUCGUCUGGACGUUCAGAGGUCGUCUGGACGUUCAGAGGUCGUCUGGACGUUCAGAGGUCGUCUGUGACCUUCAAAGGUCGUCUGGACGUUCAGAGGUCGUCUGUGACCUUCAAAGGUCGUCUGGACGUUCAGAGGUCGUCUGGACGUUCAGAGGUCGUCUGGACGUUCAGAGGUCGUCUGUGACCUUCAAAGGUCGUCUGGACGUUCAGAGGUCGUCUGUGACCUUCAAAGGUCGUCUGUGACCUUCAGAGGUCGUUUGGACGGUCACACGCUCCGUGGAGACGGGGAUGUUCUUGGAAAAACGUGCGUGUUUGUGUUUUUUCUGCGAUUUCGUCUGUCUGGUGGGGUUUGUUCCUCAUGCAGUUGGUGGUUUUUAUCGUUCUGUAAAAUUUGAUCCGUUUCGUCAUGGAGGUGUCGUCUGACUCUUUGUUCACUUUUCAGGAGAAAACUGAAAGUUACUGACUGAUAAAAGCAAUGUACAGAUUUUAUUCAACGUUCCCGGGAACGCUGGGUUUAUCCAAAAGUUGUCAUGUGAUUUAUUUAAUAGCCAUAGCCUAAAGGUCAGGGGUCAGCAUGUGUGGAUGUCUGUUGUCAGGCUGCAUUUCAAUGUAAACCUUGAUGAUAAACGGAGAGCAGAAGAAACCAGCUGGGAUAUUUCUGAAGCUUCUUAGUUUUUCAUGUUUAUUUCUUUGGGAUUUUUGAUUUCUUUUAAUCUGAGAUUAAAAACACACACAGGCUCUUGAUUGGUCCAGUUUCUGACCGGUUCUGGUGUUUUAAAACUGGACAAAUGAGAAACGUCCUGCUUCAUUAAAGCCUCAUGAGGGAUGUGCAGCAGAUAGGAUCCAACAGAGACAUCCUGCUCAUCCUGUGUCUCUGACGUCCAACAGAAACCUCAUUCCCCUGUCAGUCAGGACAGCUGCUGACCUUCCCAGUAAGGUCAUCCUGAAAUCGGACGAUAAAUGUGCAAACCACAAAAAACCCGUCUGAGGUUCUGCUCAGCCAAUCAGAGAAAACAUUUGGGCCAAUCGGAGGGUCUUGAUGGACACAUCCUACCGACUGUCAAGCACGGUGGGGAGGAAUGAUGCUCUGGGUACCAAACACAAAGGUUUCUUUGUUCUGAUGCUAAAACCAGAGGAACUGAAACAGAACAUUGUUACUUUUUCAACAAAGCUUCAGCUCUUGCAUUUUCUGGGGAAACUAACCUCAAAUCAACUUUUAUUUUUUUUCCCUCAACUGGUCCUGAAAGUUUUUUAUAUUUGGGUGUCUAAAUUUUUUUGAUUUGCCAAGAGUAAGAAAUGAAUUCAGUUCUGAUGACCUUUUUAUGUCAAAAGGUCCUGAACCCUGAAUAAAUAAUUGCAUGUAAAGCCGUGUGGCUGAUAGAAGCUCUGACCCACUAAUGAGCCGUGAUGCAUUAUGUUGCUGCAUUAGGCUAACAACUCCUGCAGGGUCCCUGAACGCAUCAUUCCUGAACGCGUCGUUCCUGAACGCAUUGUCCCUGAACGCAUCGUUCCUGAAUGCAUCAUUCCUGAACGCGUCGUUCCUGAACGCAUCGUUCCUGAACGCAUCGUCCCUGAACGCAUCGUUCCUGAAACGCUUCCACCUUUUGAUGCAGCUGAAGUUAGUCAUGUAUCUGAAUGUCUGACCUCAGUAAACAUCCCCAGGAAUUAACUUCACUGGUUCACACAACCUUCAAUAUAUUGAAAACUUAAUCUGACCUUUGACCCCAGUCUUGUCUUAGAUUGGUUAUUCUGGGCUGAGUCAACACUUCAGCUGCAGAAAAACGUUCAGGGAAUUUUUCUGGAGUCAGAUUAACGUUUGACUGCAGUUGAUCUUGAUGUCAGAAAGCAGCUAAACGUCUCACACCCCUGAACAGUUUCACAUUUUAGCUUCUUCAUGUUUUACUGGGACUUUAUGAAAACAAAGUAGUCCAAAUUUUCAAGGAAGAUUUUAUGUUUUUCUCAUUGACUUAGAUCUGAAAAGUGUGGCAUGCCAGUGUAAAGAGCACCAGUGAGUGCAGGUGAAGCUCAGGUUUUUCCUGUUUUAGCUCCAUCUGUCCUCACAGCAUGAUGCUGCCACCACCAUGCCAACCACAGGCGACAUGAGGAAUGCUAGUUUUUCCCACACAUGAAGCGUAAAAUGUUGACAAAAGGAGUUUCUUCUUUGUUCUGCUUUCCUUACCUGGCAAAUAAUGGUUGACAUGGCAACUUCUCCCAGUGCUGCACUACUUUCUGCUGGCCAUGAAAUCCUGAAACGCCGCCUGAGGUCUGUGGGAACAUAAUGUGACAGUCAGGAGGUGUGAGAACUUUUUGCAGACCUUUGUGAAUAAACGCAUGAUUUCUGUUGCACUUCAUCUCUGUAAGCUUUUUCUCAUUUUUAUGAUGUUUAAAACCCAGAAAUAAUUUCAUUUUUUUCCCCUUUUUGUCAUUGAACGUUUGUUAAAGAUGAAGGAAGAAAAUCUGUUGUAUUCUGAAGGAAACGACCAAUAAGCUCCAUCUGCAGGUACAACAAGUUUAUCAGACAUUCUGCAGCUGCUGGCCGUGAAUCUGCACUUUAGCACAAACGAUGACGGAUGUUCAGCUGUAAAGUUUUAGCUCAGUGGGUCGGAUUGUGUAACAUAUGAAUGCAGCAAAACUACAAGAAAUGUUCUAUUAUCCUGCACAUAUAUGCUAAUAAACAUGGAUUAGGGAAUAUUUGUACACACUAUAUCUAAAGAUCUUAAAUGUUAAUAUAUUUCAGAGUAUGUGUAUGCUAAUAUGUGGUUAAUAUGAAUAAAUCGUUUUUUCACUUGAGAA